AUGUUGUCAGGUGGAAAUGGCGCCACUUGGGCCGAUGGUACGGACGUCACGAAGAAUGGAAAAGGCAGUGCCAUGAAUACGGCUGUCAAAGUGUGCAAAGCUCCUCUUCUGCUCAAAUUUGUGAGUUCUUUUAGAACCUGGCACAGCACCAGGGAAAAAGACCACUCGAGAAAGAUCAAGUCACCAGAGAAGUUGAGGGAAAGCGAAAUCCAAUAUGAAAAGAAGUUUCAUCCCCAGUGGCGAGACCGCUGGAAUUGGCUCGGCUAUGAGACAAAAAACGAGGUUUACUUGAAAAAAGCCAAGCUUGAUGGACCACAAGAAAAAUUCAACACUUAUGUGACCCUGAAGGUGCAGAAUGUCAAGAGCACCACCAUCGCAGUGCGCGGCAGUCAGCCGUGCUGGGAGCAGGAUUUUAUGUUCGAGAUAAACCGACUGGACCUUGGCCUUACAGUUGAGGUGUGGAAUAAGGGCCUCAUCUGGGACACGAUGGUGGGCACCUUAUGGAUCCCACUAAGUAGCAUCCGGCAGUCCAAUGAGGAUGGUCCAGGUCAAUGGUUAACACUGGACUCCAAUGUGAUCAUGGCGGAGAAUGAAAUCUGCGGCACCAAAGAUCCAACCUUUCACAGGCUGCUGCUGGACACACGCUUCGAACUGCCACUAGACAUUCCAGAAGAAGAGGCACAAUAUUGGGCCAAGAAGCUUGAGCAACUGAAUGCCAUGAGAGAGCAAGAUUAUGCCUAUCAAGAGGAGCAAGAGAGGCCUCUGCAAGCGCCAUCCACGCAGUGCUGUAAUUGGAGUCUGUGGGGAGAUCAGCAAAAUGAUGACCCAGACAGCGCAGUGGACGACAGGGACAGUGACUACCGCAGCGAGACCAGUAACAGCAUGCCGCCUCCUUUUUACACUACAUCUCAACCCAACGCCUCCAUGCACCAGUAUCCCAUCAGGCAACAGCACUACAGACACUCUUACGACGAUGACAUGGAUUAUGACCACCGGGACAUGAGAACCUAUGAUAGUUUAGACUUGGCCACCAACGGGCGCAGUGAUAUCGACUCAGGCUCAGGGUCGAGCCGGCGCACCAGUCGUCAAUAUUCUCUAGACAGUAGGCAUUCGCUGUCCGAUAGUCCCACCGACAGUCGCUACGCCUCGUCGGGCGAGCUUAGCCGAGGGAGCUCCCAGCUCAGUGAGGAGUUUGUCCCAGAGGAUGGAGAGAGCUUGCGAGGAUCUGAGUUCUACGACGAAAACGACUCAUACCACUCCUGUCACUCCUCCAUUAGUUAUGGCAAGGAAGACUUCCCGGCCUGGGACGGGGAGGAUCAACAGGGCGUCUAUAGUGACGAGGGGAGCUAUGUUAAAGAUGGUGGAGAAGACAGGGCACUCUACGGUGACGAGGAAUGUGAUAUGUACGAAGAGGAAGGAGGGUAUCACUAUGAAGAUGAGGAGGAGAUGCCAUACGAGGAAGAGGAAGAUAUCUACCCAAUGGAUGGGGCACUCAGUGAGGAGCAGGAGGCGCCUUACACCCCCGCAAGUACCACUGCUACUCUCGCGCCCCCAUCUGAUAGUGUGUCCUCCAGCAGGCCUCCUCUAGAAAAACAGCCAUCGUUACAUCAACAGCAAUCUUCCAAUCAGCUGCAACCUUCAACCACCGCCCCGGUCCUCCCUCCACUCAAACAGGAUGACACCUUGCCCCCUUUCACGGAUGACGCUACCGUUGCACCUACCCAGGAAGACUUAUUUACCACCACAGAUACUACGAUCAACAGUACACCCACCGCCGCCACGGUAUCACAGAUUGAAGGUCCCGAUGCUAAUUUCCAGGAGCCUGAGCCAAAGCCUGAGUUGCCCCAAGAGGAAGUUCUACCACCGGAAGAACCUCCGGCUGAGGAAAGCAUCCCCCCACCCCCUGAGGAGAAAACAGAGGAGCCUCCUGUUUCCACUUUCCCGAAGAGGGAGCUGAUGGAACCCGGUCCAGCGAGAGCCAAAGCCAACUGGCUCCGAUUGUUUAGCAGAGUACGACUGCAGUUACAAGAGGCAAGAGGCGAGAGUGUCGGCAUCGCCUCUCUGCUAUUAUCAGCGGGGAUGGGCGGUGCUCUUUACAGCAUCGACAGCAUGCCAGACCUCAGGAAGAGGAAAGCUAUGCCUCUGGUCAGAGAUCUGGCUAUGUCAUUGGUCCAGAACUCUAGGAAGGCCGGCAUCACCUCAGCCUUGACAUCUAGCACCUUGCACAAUGAAGAAUUGAAGAGUCAUGUUUACAAGAAGACCCUCCAGGCUCUCAUCUAUCCCAUCUCCUGCACCACCCCGCACAAUUUCGAGGUGUGGACAGCCACCACACCCACUUACUGCUAUGAGUGCGAAGGACUGCUGUGGGGAAUCGCUCGCCAGGGUAUGCGCUGCAGUGAAUGUGGCGUCAAAUGUCACGAGAAGUGCCAGGACCUGCUCAAUGCUGACUGUCUGCAAAGAGCAGCAGAAAAAAGCUCCAAACACGGUGCAGAGGACCGGACUCAGAACAUCAUCAUGGUCCUCAAAGACCGGAUGAAGAUUCGUGAAAGAAAUAAACCAGAGAUCUUUGAACUCAUUCAAGAAGUCUUCUCUGUCCCCAAGGCUACACACGGCACCCAGAUGAAGCAAAUCAAGCAGAGUGUGCUUGACGGAACUUCCAAAUGGUCAGCAAAGAUUAGCAUCACGGUGUUGUGUGCCCAAGGUUUACAAGCAAAGGAUAAAACCGGCUCCAGUGAUCCCUAUGUUACAGUCCAGGUGGGAAAGACCAAAAAGAGGACCAAAACUAUCUAUGGCAACCUCAAUCCUGUCUGGGAGGAGACCUUCAAUUUUGAAUGCCACAACUCCUCAGAUCGCAUCAAGGUGCGAGUGUGGGACGAGGAUGAUGACAUCAAGUCCCGGGUAAAGCAGAAGUUCAAGCGGGAGUCAGACGAUUUCCUCGGGCAAACCAUCAUCGAGGUCCGUACUCUAAGCGGAGAAAUGGACGUGUGGUACAACCUCGACAAGCGCACGGACAAAUCAGCCGUAUCGGGGGCAAUCCGCAUGCACAUCAAUGUGGAGAUUAAGGGCGAAGAGACAGUCGCUCCCUAUCAUGUUCAAUACACAUGUUUGCAUGAAAACCUCUUCCACUUUGUCACAGACAUCCAGAACACAGGUGUGGUGAAGAUCCCCGAUGCCAAAGGUGACGAUGCGUGGAAAGUGUACUAUGAGGAGACACCUCAGGAGAUAGUGGAUGAGUUUGCAAUGCGCUAUGGAGUGGAGUCCAUUUACCAAGCCAUGACUCACUUUGCCUGCCUAUCGUCCAAGUACAUGUGCCCGGGCGUUCCUGCAGUGAUGAGCACCCUGCUGGCCAACAUCAAUGCCUACUAUGCGCAUACAACCCAGGCUACUAACAACGUAUCUGCCUCAGACCGCUUUGCUGCUUCCAACUUUGGGAAAGAACGAUUUGUCAAGCUUCUUGAUCAGCUUCACAACUCCCUGAGGAUCGACCUGUCCAUGUACCGAAACAACUUUCCAGCCAGCAGUCCUGAGAGGCUGCAGGACCUCAAGUCCACAGUUGACCUCCUCACUAGUAUCACUUUCUUCAGGAUGAAGGUCCAAGAGCUGCAGUCUCCUCCCAGAGCAAGCCAGGUUGUGAAAGACUGUGUGAAAGCCUGUCUCAACUCCACUUAUGAGUACAUCUUUAACAACUGCCAUGAACUCUACAGCCGCGAGUACCAGACAGAUCCGGCUAAGCAGGGUGCAGUUCCUCCAGAGGAACAGGGACCCAGCAUCAAAAACCUAGACUUCUGGUCUAAACUCAUCACCCUUAUUGUCUCAAUCAUCGAGGAAGACAAGAAUUCUUACACACCCUGCCUCAACCAAUUCCCCCAGGAACUCAAUGUGGGUAAAAUCAGCGCUGAAGUAAUGUGGAAUCUGUUUGCUCAGGACAUGAAAUAUGCAAUGGAGGAGCACGAGAAAAACCGCUUGUGCAAGAGUGCCGAUUACAUGAACCUGCACUUCAAGGUCAAGUGGCUUUACAACGAGUACUGCAAAGACUUGCCUUUCUUCAAGAGUAGAGUGCCAGAAUAUCCUGCGUGGUUUGAGCCUUUCGUGAUCCAGUGGCUGGAUGAAAACGAGGAGGUUUCUCGGGACUUCCUUCAUGGGGCUUUGGAGAGAGACAAAAAAGAUGGGUUCCAGGUCACAUCAGAGCAUGCGCUGUUCUCCUGUUCUGUCGUGGAUGUGUUUUCCCAGCUCAACCAGAGCUUUGAGAUAAUCAGGAAAUUAGAGUGUCCAGAUCCGCAAAUUGUUGGACAUUACAUGAAACGAUUUGCCAAGACCAUCAGCAAUGUACUUCUGUCAUAUGCUGACAUCAUCUCGAAGUGUUUUGCUAACUACAUCACUAUGGAGAAAGUGCCCUGCAUCCUUAUUAACAACAUCCAACAGUUGAGAGUGCAACUAGAGAAGAUGUUCGAGGCCAUGGGUGGAAAAGAUCUCUGUAUUGAGGCCAGCGACAUCCUGAAGGACUUGCAGGUUAAACUCAAUAAUGUCAUGGAUGACCUCAGCAGGGUCUUUUCAGUCAGUUUUCAGCCUCACAUUGAAGAGAAUGUGAAGCAGAUGGGAGACAUUUUAGCUCAGGUAAAAGGAACGUCAAAUGUCGGAAAUGCCAGCAGUGUGGCCCAGGAUGCUGACAACGUUCUGCAACCCAUCAUGGAGUUCUUGGACAGCAACCUGACUCUAUUUGCCAAGAUCUGUGAGAAGACUGUGCUGAAGCGUGUGCUGAAGGAGCUAUGGAAACUGGUGAUGAACACAAUGGAGAAAACGAUUGUUCUUCCGCCGCUUACAGAUCAAACAAUGAUUGGCAGACUGAAGAGCGCUUCUCACAGUGACGGCACCCAGCUCAUCUUUAACGCCGCCAAGGAACUGGGACAGCUGUCCAAACUGAAGGAGCACAUGGUUCGCGAGGAAGCCAAAGCACUAACACCCAAACAGUGUGCAGUCAUAGAGCUGGCCCUUGACACCAUCAAGCAAUAUUUCCACGCUGGUGGUGUUGGUCUCAAGAAGACAUUCCUGGAGAAAAGUCCCGACCUGCUGUCUCUCCAUUACGCUCUGUCCCUCUACACACAGGCCACAGACAAACUAAUUAAGACCUUUGUCCAGUCACAAAAUGCACAAGUGUUCGGCGGCAAGGGGGUGCGGUUCACCAGUAGUGAGGAUGUUUACCCAGAGAAGGGCUCCGGGGUGGAAGACGCGGUGGGAGAGGUGUCCAUUCACGUGGAGAUCUUCACUCACCCCAACACCGGAGAACACAAGGUCACUGUGAAAGUGGUGGCCGCCAACGACCUGAGGUGGCAGACGCAGGGUAUAUUCCGUCCAUUCGUGGAGGUGUUCAUUAUCGGCCCACACCUCAGUGACAAGAAGAGGAAGUAUGCCACCAAGUCCAAGAACAAUAGCUGGGCACCCAAAUACAACGAGACCUUCACUUUCACGCUGAGUAGCGAGGUGGGCCCCGAGUGUUACGAACUGCAGGUGUGCGUCAAAGACUACUGCUUUGCCCGCGAGGAUCGCACAGUGGGAAUGGCAGUGCUGCAGCUGAAGGACGUGGCCUCCAAGGGCAGUGUGGCCUGCUGGCUGCCACUGGGCAAGCGUGUCCACAUGGACGAGACGGGCCUGACCGUCUUGCGCAUCCUGUCGCAGCGCAACAACGACGACGUGGCCAAGGAGUUCGUCAAGCUCAAGUCGGACCAGCGCUCGGCUGAAGAAGGGCGUGGAUGA